AUGCCUUUCUGGGGAUCCAAGUCUUCCCAACCCCCGGCGGAGAGCGACGCCAGCUCCACGCACGAUGAAACCGACCCCAGGAACGACCCCGUUGCCUCGGCGUCGCAGGCAUCGGGCACCGCCUGGCUCGCCGGCCACCUGAACCAUCUCACGGAGGACCAAGAGAAGAAAUUGGCCGAAUUCAAGAAGCUCUGCGAAGAAAAGAAAUACUACACGCCCGAGCAGGAUGGCGAGAAGGCGAGCCACGAGGAUGCGACGAUGCUCCGUUUCCUUCGCGCGCGCAAGUUCGACAUUGAUGGAGCUUGGGGCCAGUUCAAGGAUACGGAGGAUUGGCGGAAGGAGAAUGCCAUUGAGGCGCUGUACGAGAACAUCGACGUGGAGUCCUACGAUGCCGCCAGACGCAUGUAUCCGCAAUGGACCGGUCGCCGAGACCGCCGCGGUAUCCCCGUCUACGUCUUCGAGAUCAAGCACCUCAACAGCAAGAACAUGGCUGCGUACAACUCCACCAUGUCCUCGUCGACUUCCACCACCGAGACACACCAGUCAUCGAAAGUCCCGCAACGUCUCCUGCGCCUCUUUGCCCUCUACGAGAACCUCCUAAACUUCGUCAUGCCCUUGUGCUCCGCCCUUCCCCGCCCCAACCCCGAAACUCCCAUCGUCACCUCGACCAACAUCGUCGACGUCAGCGGAGUCGGGCUGAAGCAGUUCUGGAACUUGAAGGGACAUAUGCAGGAUGCGAGUGUGUUGGCGACGGCGCACUACCCGGAGACGUUGGAUCGGAUUUUUAUCAUCGGAGCACCCUCAUUCUUCCCUACCGUCUGGGGCUGGAUCAAGCGCUGGUUCGACCCCGGCACCACCUCGAAGAUCUUCAUCCUCUCCGCCGCCGAAGUGAAGCCCACCCUCACCUCGUUCAUGGACCCCUCCAGCAUCCCCAAGCAGUACGGCGGCGACCUGGACUGGACAUGGGGCGACAUGCCCUACCUGGACGAAGAAGCCGGCAAGCUCGUCGGAGUCCUCGAGGAAGCUCCCUCCCAGGGAGAGACCAACACCAGGCCCAGUCUCAUCAAGGGUCCUCUUCUGUUCAAGGACUCCUACGUUCAGAUCCUGGGCAAGGUCGACGGCAAGGACCGCAAGCGAGAUGUGCCCGUCGGACCAUCGUCAUCCGGAACGAGUUCUAACAACGGCGCCCCGGUCGAGCAAGAAAAGGAGCAACAGCCUUCCGAAGCCAGCGCGGAGGACGAUGCGAACGAGAAGGUUCUUCUUCAAGACCCCAAGUCUGACAAUGAGACAGCAACGGCUAAUGGAGAUUCCAUCCCCGUGCAGGUGGCUGCUUGA